CCAACCAGCUGCUGCACCUGCAUCGAUCUGCAGUACUUCAUCAUCCAAAGCAGCAUAUUGAUGCCAGUACCUACAUGGCUUUGCGCGUCAACGACUUUUGAGGCACCCUUCGCCAGUGACCAGAUAAAGUCCAGAGCCUCAAUUCGGGCUUUGCAUCUCUUCACCCCCACUUCACACUUACACAAGAUCAGUCAAUCCUCUCUCCCAGCUCUCCUUCACUACUUAGUACUACUUACCUUGGCCAACCUCUUUAUCCUCUCUCUACCUUGGUUGGUCUCAGCCUCAGGGUGAUCCAUGGACGUUGGACGCCUGCUCCACUUCUUGUGCAUGCAUGGCAAGAGAUGACCAGCUUAUGCAUGCCCCGCGCCCUCCUCCUGCUCCUCUUGCUCUUCUUCUUCCUGCAGAUACCACUGCUGCUUAGUUCUAGUUCGGUGUGCGCCUUCGUCGUCAACGACCAUGCUGACGACUCUGUCGCGGCGGCGGUGGCGGCCAGGCGGCGUCUUCUUCCCGUGCCCGUGGCGCGGCAGGAGUCGGUGAAGCUGACUGCGUAUCCACGGAGCAUGGGGACAAGAAGGAGAAGCAGCCGCCGCAGCAGCGGGUCGGCGUUCAUGAAUGCAGUGAGCAAACACCAAGUGCAGAGCGGCGCCAACCCGGACUCUAAUUAGCCAGCCGGCUAAUCGAUUCACCGGCCUGCCGGAGUUGCUGCGAGUGAUGUUGUAUCUUGUACAUGCAUGUGUAUGCUUUAGCCUGUUGCUCAUAGCAGAACAU